AUGAGGGGAUCGCUGAACGUCAUCGCAGCUGCCACCCUUGUGGCAGCCCUGUUGCCGGGACUCCUUGUGAGCGCCCUUCCCUUGGGCGCCAGCUCGAGCAAGGCCAGCUCCUCCUCCGGCUCUGAGUCCUCCUCUAUCACCCCACUCACCUUGAACACGGGUAAUGACUGCCAUGCCACGCGUUACGCCUGGCUCCAAGGGGAGCUUGCGCGCUUGGAUUGUGAGCGCGAUGAUGACAGCAAGACCCUCUGCAACCAUCCCGAGUGUUUCCAGCUCUACUUCCAACGUGAAGCAUGCCGGCUUGCAGCCUACGACUUCGGACAGUUCCGCUUGGACUUUGGCCCUGGCAGCUCGCCUGAUGGUGGGCUAGGGCGCAUGAUGCACAACAGCUGUGUCGGUUUGCUGGCCGAUCUGCAGGCCAUCUGUCAGCUCCGGUAUCCGGAUUCCUUCGGCGCAGUGACCGACACCAUGUGCUGGCUCUGUCCGAAUGGCCAUGCGGACAUGCCUGAUGAACAGCCCUUCGGUUCCCCCGGGGCCACAUGCAGCAGUGUCUUCCUGGAGCGCGUUUCCGUCGACUGUCAGUGGGAGAUCCGCCGAGACGCGUCGGCCAGUGGCGGCGACCCGUCAUCCCUUUCGGCAUCAGGCCCGACCUCUGGCUCGAGUCUGGCCACCAUGGACACCAGCAGCAUGGACACCAGCAUCGAGAAGCCAGUUUGCAUGGGAACCUGUCCGGAUCAAUAUGAGAUGGCUCGUCGCUGUGAGCGUAGCCUCGGCCGCUUGACUCUGGCGGACUUCCUCGACCAGAUGGACAUCCUCGAUAGGCACUGUAACCCGCCGGAGCCCCUUCCCGGACAGCCGUCCGACAGUGGUGGGUCCUCCCCCUCCUCCUCCUCCUCCUCCUCCUCCUCCUCGGCGGCUACCUCAUCAAGUGCCUCUUCUGGCUCGGCCCCCAGUGAGUCCGGGGCCCCUGUGUCGGACGAUUCGUCGGCCUCUGCCAUGGUCGUGAGGUGUCCCUCGAAUGAGCCAUUUUUCCUUCCGCCCCCGGUUGCCGACAAUCCGGCCCCUAUGAAGCCGGUUGGCGAUUGCCCCGAGCCGCCCGGGUCGUCAGCUGCCUCCUCAUCCAGCAGUGACGCGGCCAGUCGUUAUGCGGCUUCUGCCGCGAUUCCCUCCCUGGCAAUUGGUGCUGCCUCGACCCUGGCCCUGCUGGGAUCGAUCUUCGAUCUGGGUGUUCUUUGA